AUGACGGCCAAGUCGGCCAGGGAUGAUCGGAAGCAGUAUUGGGCUGAAAUAGCGACCUCCAUCGAACAAGCCUCGAACGUUGGUGACACUCGAAAACUCUACCAAGUUAUCCGCCAAGUUAGCGGUAAGCCCUCUAUACUGAGUGUCUCUGUUCGCGACGUUAACGGCGGCUUUAUUGCUGACAAUUCGGUCAAAGUCGAGAUCUGGCGUGAGCACUUCAAGCACCAUUUCAACUUCGAUACACAACCCACCACGCCCUUUCUCUCCUCUUCAGGGGAGUUCUUCCUCUCUCCCACCUAUGCAUUGCCUUGCGACCCCUCUCUGAAGGAGAAGUCGUCGAUGUCAUAA